UCGGAAAGCGGUCGGUAGUGGAAGUGUUUUUGGUUUUUUGGCCGAUCGAACCAAAGAUUCUUCUAAAACAAUAAAAUUUGUGAUAAAGUUUCGGUUCGAACUUAAAAUCAGAAACCAUGAUCGGUGCAUCAACAAGAUAGCUACACAAUUCACCACCGUACAUUUAAAAAACACUAUAUAACGUAACUGCGGUAAGAUAACAUCGUGAAAUGAACAUUGGCUUAUUUUUAUUUGUGUCACUAUUUGUUUAUAACGCCGCGAGCGAUGAUUACGACAGUAAAGUGGACGAGGAAGAUAAGGCGAGGAGGAGGAUUCUGGAUCAGCUGACGAAAACCCACACAGUGUUAGCUGAUGGGUACCACCUGGUGACCAGGCAGACCGCCACUGAUGUAUAUAUGUACAGGGGGUAUCGCUCUGUCGGUGUUAUAUUUUACCCAAUAAUGCGCGAUGUUGUCGAUGCACGGUUCACAUUCCAAGCUGAGGAGCUGCACUUCAAUAGUAUUGGUUCAUGCAAAGCAGAACAUGUGAUAAUCAAGUUGAAGCACGGGUCAUAUCCCGCUGUAAACCCAGAUGGGUAUGCAUUCCCAAAAGACUUCAUAGAUCCGGCUAAAAGAGACACCAUUUAUACAGUUGAAUUUCUAUCUGACGGCCAGAGCAACAUAUUUUCUGUGGAAAACCCAAAGCCAGGAAAUUGGUAUGCAAUAGCUUACAUCCAGUGGGAGGAUCCAAAGACUGAGAGCAUUGAUCAGCAAGGCCUUGUGGCUUUGUGCCAGACCAUACUGUAUUCAGACCUACAAGUGAAGAAGCAAGAAGACGUAGAAUUAAUUGACUGCUACUCCGAGUUAUCUCUGAAUUACAACGAAAUCGGCCAUCCGUCCAUAUUCAAGUGCAUGUCCUUAGACAUAGUGGAUCCUGUUAGCCUAAAUAUCACCGUCAAAAAUGACGACUCGACGUCGCUUCAAAAAGUAGCCGUUAAAAUAGAAGCUUUGUCGAUCCCCACCCAGACUAACUACCUCGUAUCGUGUGCAUUUGACCCGUCGUCAGAAAAAGCGCAAGUCAUCACAUUCUACCCGCAUCCAAACUCAUGGCACUAUAUUACCAUAGAAACUAUACCUGAGAACUACACUAAAAUAGCCGAUUGUGAGUCGUAUAGAACAGUGGGCGAGGAGGAAGAAAAUGUUUAUGCACUCGAUGACCUCAUGCGGGACAGUAAAGGCAGGUUCUUUACCUUCGACUAUGGGAUACCCACUACCGACCUGCACGAAGCCACAAGCCUCGUCAAUCUCACCUCAAACGCUGUCUCGAGUGUCCGCUUCAAACUCAACCAGUUCCUCGACAUCGGAGGCACUUUGACCAUAGAGGCCAGUCUCUUGAUGAGCCUGAAGUACUACAUGGGAUACAAGAGGGAAAAGAAAGGCAAUCUUCUAGCGUAUACCGAUGAGAAUCAGUUCUUUCGAGUGGUAAUAUGUAUGGACAUAGGCCACGCCAGCCUGCCGCUACCUGACGGCCAGUGCAAAUACAAUGACGUCGUCAAACCAGCGUUAUUCAUACUGAACAGUACGGAUUCCGACACCAUUUAUGAAAAGACAAUGAUACCAUAUCCAGAGAGCGGCGACUGGUAUUUAUCUAUGAGGAUAUUCUGCGACGAAGUGGUCUGUCCGUGUAAUACCUCUGACAACGGUACUAAGUACUACGCGACGGAGGGUUUAGUCAGCGGUGGGAAUAGCAGCGAGGGUACUAAUGCGACGCGGAUGGGUGAGACAGAGUGCAAUGCCACGGUAGUUCUGUCUCUCUCUUCCUCGUCAUGUGUGAGCGGGAGGUGCAGUAAUCACGGGAACUGUAUGCUGAAUACUCUUGGCGGGCUGGUGGUGUCUUUCUGCCAUUGCUCUUCGGGUUAUGGAGGUUGGGACUGCUCGGACGAUUCACGGAUGGACUCUCAAACGGACAUGAUAUUAUCAGUUAUGCUCCUAACCCUUAGCAACAUACUCUUCUUCUUCUCAAUCUACGUCGCGAUCAUUCGCCUUUACUACACGGAAGCGGCCAUGUAUAUUCUAACUAUGAUCUUUUCUACUUUCUACCACGCGUGCGACGCGCCGCCACAGAUACACUACUGCAUCAUCAAAGGUAACCUCCUCCAAUAUGGCGACUUUAAUUGUGGAUUAAUGUGCUUCUGGCUAACCCUCCUAGCCAUGAGCCUUAUCUCGGACAGAACCAGAGCUAAUUUGCAACUGUUUGGUGCCAUAUUCAUAGCGCUGUUGACUUUCUGGAGUUUACACUCGAUAUUUACAUUCUUCGCGCCGGUAUCGGUCGGUAUAGCCGUGGUUUUGUUAUCGUGGUUCAUUGAUUAUAGAAGAACUAGGCAGUUUAGCUUACCACGAUCGUAUUAUAGAAGACAUUUCCCUAUUGGCCUAGGGCUUGUGUCAUUUGGUUUGAUAUGUUACGCGUUUUUGCAAACGGAGCAGAAUUAUAAGAUAGUGCAUUCUGGUUGGCACAUGCUGAUCGCUUUAAGUGUAGGGUUUCUGUUGCCAGAUGUAAGGAGAGGGAACGAAGGGAAUGCUUUCUUACCGAAUGCGCAGAAUAAAAUAGCUCUUCCUAUAUGCAUUUAUCCAUUCCGCCGCGGCGCGGGAUCGACUCAAUAAUAUUGAUUCCUAAGUAUUGUGAUCGAAAUCAUGUGUAGGUAGAUUAUGUCAAAUUAUCCUUUUUCAUCGUUAGGGUGCCCGUUCGUUUCUUAUUUCGUCAGUUAUAAAAUAGUGCCGUAUUAUUCAAAAGCCUUUUGAUCUCAUUUUAUACAUUGGUGGGGUAACUUUGUAAUUUCUACCUAAAAUGUUUCUAAAUUACUCGUAAUCCUUAAGGUUUAAACUUUAGCCACAUUCCUGUUUUAAUUUAAUGUAGAAAUGCUUUUAAUAGUGUAAUUUAUUUUUGAAAAUAAAUAAUAGUUCUAUUGUUGCAAACACUAUCUUAACAUCACGUUUCGUUCGAAAAACCUUAGUUCCAAAUAUUCAAUCUAUUUUUUACACUGUCUACUUGGUUACUAGCAUCUAUCUCCUCUUUCUUGAUUUCUUUGAACAAAAAUACGUAAGAUUAUGUCAAGCUCGUUUCAUUGUCCUAGUUAUAAGUAGUUUGUAAGCUUGCAAUAUGUUGUUGUCUCAUAGUACACCUACCUACUAGUCCAAUGAUAUUCAUUUCACAUCCAAGCUGAUUUCUGAAGCAACAAAUUAUAAUUUCAUCCUUUCAAACCUACAAUCCUCAGUACAUAUACAUUUAAAUACAUACUUUUUACGGUUAAAUUUUGAAUUGGUGCUUCAGAAUUCAGGUGCUAUAGCCAAUUUGUCCAUAAUCUCAUUUUUCAAUGAUUUCCAUAACAAACGGGCAGGUUUGUAAUAAUAAUAAUAAGUGUGGUGCCUUAUAGAAGCCAUGUCCAUAAUAAAUAAUUAUAUUUAGAAUUAUAUUAAAGCAAAUACUGUGCCAUUGUAAUUAUUGUGACAUUGAAGUACCAAAAAUGUUGUGUUAUACACUGAUAAAAUUAGUCAACCUAGUAUAAUAAGACUUUAAAAGUACCUAUAUGUUAUUGAAAGGGUGUA